AAGCCUCGCGAGACUUGGCCAGUGGUCUCGGAGCAGUAUGGCUGCCGUCGCACUGAGGUCCUGCCGCAGAGGACUUUCACACAUUUUAAGUAAUGGAGGGCUCGCAGCUCUGUCUUCAAAGCGCCUGGAACUAGGAGACAGGAGACACAAAUCCACAGUCCAGUAUGCGUCACGACCAGACCUCCCAAAGCUGGCCUACAGAAGAGUGAAGGGGAAGAGCCCGGGCGUGCUCUUCCUCCCUGGGUAUGGCUCCAAUAUGAAUGGGCAGAAAGCUGAGGCGCUGGAAGAGUUUUGUAGGUCACUGGGACACUCAUACCUCAGGUUUGACUACACAGGACAUGGAGCUUCAGAGGGAGUGUUAGCAGAUGGAACUAUUGGUGUGUGGAAAAAAGAUGUCCUUUUUGUGCUGGAUGAAUUAGCAGAAGGACCACAGAUCAUGGUGGGCUCCAGUAUAGGCGGCUGGCUCAUGCUGCUGGCGGCGAUUGCACGACCAGAGAAGACGGCGGCGCUGGUGGGCAUCUCCACUGCUGCUGAUCACAUUGUCACAUCGUUCAACUCUCUUCCAAUAGAGACGCGUAAAGAUUUUGAGGAGAAAGGGGAGUGGACGGUACCCACCAAGCACUCGGAAGAAGGCCUCUACAAGUUUAGCAUGGACUUCCUGCGCGAGGCAGAGAACCACUGCGUGCUCCAAAGCCCCAUCCCCAUCACCUGCCCCGUGCGGCUCAUUCACGGGCUCAAAGACGAGGACGUCCCCUGGCACAUCUCCAUGCAGGUGGCGGAGCGCGUCCUCAGCCCCGACGUCGACGUCAUCCUGCGGCGACACGGCCAGCACCGCAUGUCCGAGAAGGACGACAUCAAGCUCAUGGUCUACACCAUUGACGAUCUCAUAGACAAGCUGACCACCAUGGUCUGAACAAGGGAUAGAAGAACGCGCCCGAGAUGUUCCCGAGAUUAAAAAAGAGAACGACUGUGUCAUAAGGAAAGUCAGUCCUCGAGGAAGUUACCAAACAACGGCAUGUUUCCACCAAAUACGACCUUUUUCCAUGUUUUUUUUUUUUUUUUCUCUCUGAACUUCAUCUUGUCGUCAACAUCACGUCAACAUGCCAGUGCAGUGCAGACUUCACUGAACGGGAGCUCUCCUCUUAGCUGUUCCCUUAUCUCUUCAGGUUGCAUUCGUAUGUGCUCCAGUUUGUUGUAUAGAGUUUUCUGUUGGUCAGCUGUUCUUAGGCCUCUCGUUGUUGCUGCUGCCUCUGCCAUUGCGCAAGCUGUUUGGCCGUUUUCCUUCCAUCUCUAGUUAGAAAUAUAGUUUUCCUGUGCCUUUUUAAUCACUUUUCACCCGUUUUUGGCCAAUAAAACCUCUGCACACUA